AGCUGAUUGGAAUCAUCGUCAUCGUUUCAAUGGAACUUAUUAUGUAUGCCUGACAGCUAACCGUUUAAAAUCGACGUACUAUUUCACCAGAUAUUAACAUCUUCAGUAUUUUGGGAAGAAUUAGAGUUCCAUAAUAAUUUCCAAUCAAAAUGCUUGCCCCAUGACCAAAAGUUUAUUAUGUAAAAAGUACAAGACAACCAUAUCUGCCAAAGCAAGUUAAAUUCAAUGCUAUAUAUAUAUGCUGUGAAGUGUAGUUUAUUGCUAUGUUACUAAAUAUCAUAAUUUUAUAUUCUGUUUAUUAUUACGAACAAUAUUGUUGUAAAAUUGUGUGAAGAGAAAAGAAAAGAAAGAAAGAAAAGAAAGAAAUAUUUAAAUUAAAUAUUAAUAAGAUAUUUUGUGUGUAUGGUAGAGGUACAACAGAGUUUUCACUAUCAAGAAUUAUUCAUUGAAAAUGAAUAACAGACUUGAAGAGGCAGAGUCAAAAUGGACUUGUGAAUAUUGUACGUAUGAGAAUUGGCCUUCAUCAUUGAAAUGCACAAUGUGUAGAGGUGCCAAGCCUUUAUUGGGUGAAGAUAUUUAUCGCUUACGUAAUACAAGUCCACAAAGGUCAGGAUCAAACGUUGCUUCUGGUCCUGUAUCUCAUAUAAGUCCAACAGAUUCUUAUAAUCAAACCUCUCAGAACUAUAGUCAUAAUGUACCAGCUGGAGGAAUGUGGUCAUGUGGCAUAUGUACCUAUCUCAAUUUUCAAAAUGCCUCACGCUGUGUUCAAUGCAGUAAUAAGAAACCUGCUGGACACAAUCAGUCAAUAAACUCUAUAGCUUCCAAUUUACAUGAACAUCUAGCGCCACUUAGAUUAGCUGAUCCUCCGCCUAACUUAUGCUCUAAUUCUCAAGUUAAUCCACCGGCAAUAAAUUUGCAUCCUGAAAGGUACUAUAAUGUACAGACUAAUGCUCAUCCUGAAAAAUGGUCCUGUCUUGUAUGUACUUACGAAAAUUGGCCAAAAGCUACUAAAUGCGUUAUGUGUUUUCAUCCAAAAGAAAAAGAUAAAAGAGAGAGAUCUGCAGCUAAUGUAGGUUUAAUUUUACCGAGUCCUGAGAGAGAUCAUAAUCAACGCAGCUUACCUUCUCCACCUCACGCACCUUAUAUUCAUCAAACGCAACGAGAGGAGAAUUCUGCUAUCGCAAGAAGUACCAAAUGUGUUGUAUUUUAUAGAAGCUCACACAGAUUUACCGAUAGUAGAAACGACAGUUUAUCAACACCGCAAUCUCCUAACAAUUGCGAUUAUGAGCGUAGAUUGAAGCAAUUAAGACGUCAUACGGAUUGGUGCUGGUUAAAUGCAUGUCUUGGUAUCGUUGAAGGCGACAAUGCACCCGUUGAAGCAUAUUUAGCAAGCGGUGGUGAUCCAGCUCGUCAAUUAACACAUUCUGAAGUACUACUCUUAAACAGAAGCAGUGCUUUCGACGUUGGGCAUACUUUAGUACAUUUGGCAAUCAGGUUCCAACGAGAAGAUAUUUUAGCUACAUUAUUAUCGCAAAUAGAAGGUUCCGGUUCUGGUGUAAAAAGAGUACCUAGUUACGUAGCACCUGAUUUGGCUGCUCAAAUACGUAGGCAUGUAAUGAAUAAUAUUCGUUUACGCAAGGGUUCUUUCUCUUGUUAUUUUGUUACUGAUAUGGCUACAUUUGCACUGCCUGCAGAGGUGGAAGAUUUACCGAGUAUAGUGCAAGAACAAAUGUUAGAAGAAUUGUUGGAUAAAGAAGCUCAACAACAGCUGGAAGGAGGUGGUGGCGAACCACCUGCUUUAAAUUGGUCCUUAGAAAUAACAGAGCGAUUAGGCAGCCGUUUGCAUGCACUUUGGAAUAGAUCUGCCGGGGAUUGUUUAUUAGAUUCUGCUAUGCAAGCUACCUGGGGUGUUUUUGAUAGAGAUAAUGCUUUAAGAAGAGCUCUUGCCGAUUCUUUACAACAAGCAGGACAAUUUUUUUAUCCUCGAUGGAGAGAGUAUGAGGCAUCGCAAGCUUCAAGAAUGUUAGAUUUUACAUUAGAAGAAACACAAUGGCAAGAAGAUUGGGAGAGUUUAUUAGCAACAGCUGCUCAACCUGGCAGCGCUCUAGAACAAUUACAUGUAUUUGCACUUGCACAUAUAUUAAGAAGACCUAUUAUUGUUUAUGGUGUUAAAUAUGUUAAAAGUUUCCGUGGUGAAGACAUAGGUUAUGCAAGGUUCGAAGGCGUUUAUCUUCCACUUUUAUGGGAACCUUCAUUUUGUAUUCGUUCUCCCAUAGCAUUGGGCUAUACACGUGGUCAUUUUACAGCUUUGGUUCCUAUCGAACCAUAUGCGUCCUCUAGAAUACCACCGAUUUCUUCUCACGGUGGAGGAAAUGGUCCAUUACAACAACUGCAAAUACAAAUGCAAACUACUUUUAUGCCAUUAAUGGACAGAGAACAUAAAUUAUUACCAAUUCACUUUUUGAAUCCAGACGAAAUUGGACGAGAAGAGUCUAUUUUAAAAGACUGGCUUGAUGUUUGUAGGACAGAAGGUGGUAUUCUCGUUGCACAGCAAAAAUUGCAUAAGAGGCCACUACUUGUUGCACAAAUGUUAGAAGAAUGGCUCAAUCAUUAUCGCAGGCUAGUUCAAACAAAUAAUGCACCAUUUUCAAGACCAGUUGCUUUACAAGAUUACAGUAGCGAUGGUGAUACGGAAGACGAAUAAUAAUGUCCAGGCACUUGAUCAAUAACGAGAAUGUCCUUUUUCUAUAAUUUCGCUGUCAAUGCUAAAUCUAGAAUUAUGAACGCAAGAUCUUUACGAUCCGAAGUCGGUGAAAAUAUAUUUAAAGAUAAAAAUUUGACUCAAUAUUAUGAUAGCAUGCACAAUGUUGUACGGAUAAUGAUCGUUUCGCAAUAUCUUUCUAUUAUACAAAAAUUUUCUCCGAUUCUCUAUUUAAUUAAUCUUUGUUAUAAAAAUAGUUAUUUAGAAAUGUUCUUGUGUAAUUAAUCGAGACAUUUCAUACCUUAAAAAAUAUGCAUAAGUGUGAUAUAAUAGUAUAUAUUGUCAAUUACAAAAUUAAGGUUUUACAGUGAUAAUAUUAUCGUUUGCACAAUUUCGUAUAGAAUAGUAAUACAAAAGUCUCAUCAAUUUUUCAAGAAUAUUAAUAUAUGAAAACGAAACUGUGGAUAAAGGAUAUCUCGUUUCUUUGAAGUAGUGUCCUAUCGAUAAUAAUAAUGAUAAUAUCUACAAGUCAUAGCCAUAAAAUCUCAUAUAUGUUUACAAAUUUUCAAAACCAUCUCUCUCUCUUCAUCGGAGUGUGUAUAAAAAAAAAAGAAAAGAAACGUUUGAUGGUUCUAAUACAGACCACGUGAUCAUUAAUUAAAAUUAGUAUUUAAAAAAAGAAAAAUUCAUGUGUAUAGCUGUCUUUGAAUCAAGUUAACUACGAACUGCGUUAAUUAACUAUGAAGCCAGAUACAACGACAUGUUUCUUCAUUGAGAGAGACAGGAUAGGACACGUCGUGUUUCUUUCUAUGGUUGCUCCUGGUUAUGGUGUGUUGAUAACGCAUUGUGAUAUCAAUCGAAAAUCGUAUUUUUUUUUCCCGUAUGAUAAAAUCUGUGAGAGAGUGAAUGAAUUAAUUAUACUUUGUAGUAUCGCAAUCAUUAAGAUAGUUUAACGUUACUGAGAGUAAAGAGCUUUUUUUAAAAGCGAUAAGAACUAAAAAAAAAAAAA